AAAAAAAAAAAAAAAAAAAGAAACCGGAAAGCCCCGUAGGUUUUCUGCUUGAGAGAUUCCAGACCAUACACUCCACUCUAGACAAAAAUGGUGAAUCCUCCUCCUGAAACUGACCCAUCCCAACAACCACCCUUCCUCAAAGGAACCCCAGUCGAGGUCAGCAGCGAUGAGGAAGGCUUUCGAGGCGCUUGGUACUUGGCUACAAUUCUCGAAUACCCUCCUAAAUCCACUUCUAAGAAGCGCAAGAAGGCGUUGGUUCAGUACAGGACUUUACUCACCGAAGAUGGCUCGUCCCCUUUGACGGAAUACGUCGACCCCGCUUUUAUACGGCCGUUUCCACCUAAAGAGAAGGAGGAUGUUAAGCCAGGGUUUGAGGUAAACGACGUCGUAGAUGCGAGGUAUAGGGAUGGUUGGUGGACUGGGGUUGUGAGAAAGGUUUUGGAAAUGUCGAAAUAUAGGGUUUAUUUCGAUAAUCCACCUGAUGUUAUUGAGUUUGAUAGGAAAGAUUUGAGGGUUCAUUGGGAUUGGAUCGAUGGCAAAUGGGUUCGACCUGAAAAGCAGCAAUCAACAGGCUCCAUUUUUAGCUCAGGGACAGCAGUGGAGGUCCAUAUUGACAAAGAAAACUUACGUGAUGUUUGGUUCCCUGCCAUAGUCAUAAAAGAAAAUGAGGAUAAUACUUUCUUGGUGAAGUAUCAGACCUCUAGGAACGAUGAUGAGUCGGGGACAGGAAAAGUUGUUGUAGAUUCCCUCCUCAUCAGACCCACUCCUCCUCGUUAUGCAGAUAGAAAUUAUGAAUUGCUGGAAAGAGUGGAUACCACAUAUAAAUUUGGUUGGCGAAGUGGAGUAAUUACCAAAGUUCUUACUGGAAGAAGGUACAAUGUCUUUUUUAAGCAUGGAAAUGAGGACAAGGAACUCAAUCACUCGGAUAUGAGGCCGCAUGUUGAAUGGGUUGAUGGCAAAUGGGUUAGUAAAUCAAAGGGAGUCUUAAUUGCAUUUGACGAGCAAGAACAGAUAGGAAAUGCUCUCCCUGGUACCCACAAUGCUGAGGUGGUUGGAGAACUUGAAAGUUUGUUUUCCUCAAAGGAUAAUUCUGAAGAUAAGACUCCUUUGACAAAUCUAUGCAAGAAUUUGAUGGAGCAGCCAACUCCUACUGAUGAAAAGAAUGCCUUGCUCUCAAGCAAGAAGAAGGUCAAACUGGAAACAUCUAAUGGUAACACUUCCCGCUCCCGGCCUUUGAAAAAGCUAACUGAUGGAAACACAGUGGGGACACCAUUGUCAGUCACAGGCGACCGGUUGAAAGAUAUGCCUAAUGACACUUCAUGUAAAGAAGGCACUUCUAGGACCGGAGGUACAGGAACUAGAUUCACGAAGAAAACUAUGAUUGGUGAUCAGUCUUGUGCUAAUACUGAGAGCUCUUUAACAGGAGCCACAACUCAAACUGCUUCGAUUGACUGCCUUUUCUGUCAACAUCACCGUUCUAGCUGGAUGACUAAGAGGCAGAAAGUUGGUUCAGUUGACAGUAAAACAAAUAGCCUUGGGAAAAGGACCGUAAGAGCUAGAAAGUCACCAACUAAAGGUCCACAGGUUUUGACAGCAGGCAAGGAGGGAAUUGCAGGUACUGCAGAAGUAAUUAAUGAAGGGGAGGUUAAACCAAAAGAAGUUGAAAUGCCUAUCAUCUUAGGAUUAACAGCAAAGUUCACAAAGACUUUACAGGCUGAAAAUUCUUUUCAGAUUCCUAACGAGGAAUCUCUGAAGCUAAUGGGGGAUCAAAAAAAUAAUGUAAAUGAUUCAGUUAGAAAUGAAAACAUGGAAAUAAAAGAGCAUGAAGUUGGAGUAAAUGAUCUGAAAAGAAAGAGGGGAAGACCACGUAAAUCAGUAGUUACAAGUCCAAAGGCUUAUGAUGCUGGUAAGGAGCAAAAUGGGGCUGGUGGUCUUGCUGAUGAAAAAGCUGUAAAAGAUUGUAUGACUGAUGAUGCUGAUUUGUCAAAACAUAAAGGGGUGGAGCUGGCAGCCUCUCAAGAUGCAUUUAGAGGAAGGAAAAAUGAUGAUUACAAAACAAAAGAGGUUCACUUGGCGAUUGUUGGGAUUUCCAACACGGCUGAUGAGGAUCAACCACUAUCAACAUGGAUAGGUGGAAUCCACUCUUCAGGUGAUGAAGAAUCAAGACUUUCUUCUGAUAAGCAUGUCAAUGGAUGGAAUGAUGAAAGAGAGGGACUGGUUGAAGUUCCAGUAGAAUCUCUUGCAAUUGAUGCCAGAGGUAGACGACCAUUGGAUGAUGAUCGGAGUUUGCCUUUUGUGAAGAAAUCACCUGUCUGGCGAACAAUUGAAUCUAUGGAUGUCUUCCAAAUUGUGCCCCAAAAGCCGCAUUUUCAACCUUUGAAUGAAAAUAGAGAGGAGUUUCGUGAAGGAUCGGCAAUUGGUAUCAUGGUAACUUUUGCUGGUUUGUUUGAGAAGAUAUCCAUGUUGCAUUUUGAUGACCCUAGAUAUACAUUUGACAGCAUUUUGGAAAGUCUUAAUGACUUGGAAAAGCAUGGAUUUGAUGUUACUUUGCUUCGAUGUCGCGUGAAUGAAUUACUGUCAAUCAAAGAAGCUCAAGGACAGCAUCAAGAAAAAAGAAAAAAUGCUGAAAGGGAGAUGAUUGAGAAUACAAAGGAGAUAACUAAAUUGGACGAAGAGAUGGAAGAGAUUGAAAAGAAGAUUACUCAUUUACAAGAACGACACACUUCCAUAAAGUUAGAGAAGGAGAUUAAGAAUGUUAAGGUUGGUAAUUUGAAGUCGGAUGUUGAGGUUCUAAAUGAACUUAUUCAGAAAUCCUCACGUGAUUUUAAAAAAAUAGCUACUGCCCCUUGGAGGUUUCCAUGAUUGAUGGUGCACUAGUCUUGGUUUCUUGUUCAUACUCCUGGUGUGCAGGUGAUGAUCAUUGUUGUUAAAUAUGUGGAUUCAACUGUAGCAGCGGUUAGGGUAGAGCAGUAGGGUCAUUUUGAUUAUUAGAUCUGUUUCAUGCACAUAGCAUAUGAUCUUUGAGGUCAUGUAUUGUUAAUAUGAAGCUGCUUCCCUGGAUAGAAAUAGUGAAAAUGUGAACACUAACUUUUGUGGAACCCUUUGUUGAUGUCCUUUUAAUAGAUGUUUUUUUGGUCGCACAUGCACUUACUGAAGUGAAGCUUUUGGGAGUGUAUAUAUCUUUCUUCCACUCAUUAUUCUGGUGAAUCGCAGCUGAUUUGGAUUCUUCGGUGCUGUUAGUAGUUUUGAACUAAAUAUACAGAAUCUUUGAUUAACAACAGUGCUAAAUGUGGACUUUGUUUGAUAAGAUGGAAAAUUUGGCUCAAAAUGUGCACUUCAACGAUCUUGUCCGCUUUCUUGAAGGCAGAAGCCCCGGAAGGUUAUAUAUUUAUCCGUAGCUCAUGAAUGUCCAAACCCUUAUCAGGAUGUGGGGGGAAAGCCAAUGCACCGGCCCAUUUUUUUAACUUUGUUCCAUUCAAUUCUAUAACAGUCUUAAGCCUUGUAUAUAUACACAGGUAUAAAUACCAUCACAAUAAUUUAGAAAA